GAUAUGGCGGAAUAGCCGUAGCCACAAAGCUCGAAUCAGCCCUUCAUAAAACUCAUCAAAUUGUUCUUAUCGAACGUAAAACACACUUCUAUCAUGCAAUUGGUGGCCUUCGCACAGUCGUUGAAGAUGGAUUUGAACAUAAAGUCAUUAUUCCUUAUGAUAAUCUUUUUAAGCAUGGAGGAAAAGUUGUACAUGCUACAGUUACUACGAUUCAUAAAAAUGAGGUUAUUGUUAAUACCGAUACUGAAUGGGGAACUCAUAUACCAUUUAAAUAUUUGAUAAUUGCUACCGGAUCUAAUCAUUCUAAACCUGCAAAGAUGACAGCAGAUAAUAAAGAAGAGGGUAUUGCAGGAAUAAUCGCUCAAAGAGAAGCUGUAAAAAAUGCAAAUAAGAUUUUGAUUAUUGGUGGAGGACCUGUGGGCAUUGAACUUGCAGGAGAAAUUGCAUCAGUUUACCAAGACAAAGAAGUUACACUUAUUCAUUCAGAAGAACAUUUGCUUACGGAUAAAUUCCCAAGAAAAUUGACUGGUAGUCUUGCUAAACAAUUGAAAGAAUUAAAUGUAAAACUUAUUUUUGGAGAAAAAGUUAUUUUUCCUUCUUUUGGUAUUGGUGAUGGUUUGUCUCCCCUAACUUUGAAAACUAACAAGGGUACACAAAUUGAUUCUGACGUUCAAUUCGUAGCUUUUGGUGCAAAGCCCAACACUGAAGUUAUAGAAACUUUGGAUCAAUCAUUGAUCGAGCAAAUUACUACUCUGGUAAAAGUUAAGCCAACUCUUCAACUGGAACAUGAUAAUUAUGCACAUAUAUUUGCUCUCGGGGACAUAACAAAUAUUAAAGAAUCAAAACUUGCCUAUCGUGCUAGCCUUCAUGCUGAUGUCAUAACUAAAAACAUUAUUGCGCUCAUUAAUAAUAAAAAAUUAAUUGAAUAUAACACAGGUUCUGAAGCUAUUGUUGUUCCAAUCGGAAAGAACAAAGGUGCAUCUCUUUUACCAAUCGGUAACAUGGUUUUUGGUAGCUUCAUAACAAAAAAUAUCAAGGGCAAAACACUUAUAGUUGAUAAAAUGUGGAAAUCAUUGAAUGCAACACUUGCUGCAUAA